CUGGUUCCCCCCUCCAGACAGAUUCAGCGUUCGAAACAUUUACAGACAGCAUAGCGACUUUCCAUAAUCCACUGAAGGCUUCCCCUACUGCCACUCUCACACACACGCACCCACGAACAGACAUGCUGGAUAAGUCCAGCUUUAAGAGACCCAAACUCACUGAAUCUCCAACGAGUCACCAACCUGCGCGCCGCCUUACCUCCGAGCAGGAGCUCUCCGUCAUGGUCGCCGCCCUCACCAACGUCGUCUCCGGCUCUUCUUCUACUACUACCACGUCUGCCUCCACUUUCGACUACUCCAUGGUCCCGAUCGUCUUCCACCCUCCGCCUUCCUCCUAUUCCGACACUUGUCAAGUCUGCCACAUCAGUGGUUGUCUCGGUUGCGACUACUUUUCCCCGCCGGCGGGUAAGGUUCAGGAACAGGUGGAGGAUAAGAAGAAAGCGAAAGUGGGAGUGUCGAAGAGAAGGGCGACGAAGAACUACAGGGGUGUCAGGCAGAGGCCGUGGGGCAAAUGGGCCGCGGAGAUCCGAGACCCGAGGCGGGCGACCCGUGUCUGGCUUGGCACCUUCAACACAGCCGAGGAGGCCGCGCGGGCCUACGACAAGGCCGCCAUCGAUUUCCGCGGACCGCGCGCGAAGCUCAACUUUCAGUUUCCGGAUUACACGACGUUUGGAGAGGGCAGUUCGGAAUGCACGUCGUCGGAUCAGCAUCAGACAACUUCGAGAGGUGCUUCUGAUAGUUCGGCCGGAGUCGGAAUUGAAAUCGGGAAGGGAAAUGAGUUCUGGGAAAGCAUUGGAGACGAGGACAUUCAGAAGUGGAUGAUGACGAUGGAUUUUACCGGGGACUCCUCCGAAUCGGCCGCUACCGGAACUGAAUGAAUGCGGGCUCCUACUUCUUCUUUCUACUUCACUAAAGUGAGUAAUAAUAAUUCAGCUGUGGGAGCACCCAACUAAUUAGUUAAACUUUCGUGGAAAUGAUUUGGGGUUAGAUUAAUUUGUACAAUUAAUUAAAUUCCUUCUCUGUUUUCAUGUUGUGAGGGAAUCAGAAAAAACCUGGUUGUAUUGUAAUUGUCUUGUUUUUUUGGGAAUAUUAUAUCCAAAAAGAAUGACCAAACAAAUAUCCACAUUUCUUUUA